AAUUAGAAAAGCCUUGAAAAAUGUUCAAUACACUUCUACUCUCUUUGUUGGUAUACCAAGCAACAGCUAAUCCUAUUCCAAGAGAUAAUGAUAAGCCAUUCGACAUACAAGCACAUAGGGGUGGAAGAGGAAGUACCGUUGAAAACACUCUACCAAGUUUCGCAUAUGGUGCUGUAAGUGGUGCAAAUACCCUUGAAUUAGAUUUCGGUGUAACCAAAGACGGUGUUGCCGUUGUAUGGCAUGAUGAGGCAUUCUUACCUAGCAAAUGCAAAGACACCAACCCAGUCACACCAGAUGAUCCAGUCUUUCCAUACAACGAUAAGCAUGUCGCAAACCUCACACUUGCGCAGGUUAAGAAGCUCGAUUGUGGUAGUCUUCGUCAGGAUGACUACCCUGUACAAGAAAUAUACCCUGGAACAAAACUAGCAACUUUAGAUGAAUUCUUCGAAUUUGUCAACUGCUUUGAUACCGAUGGCGAGAUAAACUUUGAUAUUGAGACAAAGGUAAACCCAGCAGUCACAAACUCAACUCGUGAUCCAAAGAUAUUUGUCGAUUUACUCAUAGAAUCAAUUGACAAAUAUGAUGUGAUGGACAGAACUACCCUUCAAUCAUUCGAUUGGCGUUCACUCAAGUAUUCAAAGGAAAUCAGACCAGAACUCGUUACUAGUGCAUUAUACGAUGAUACUACUGCAAUCAAAAAUACCGAUUGGUUUGGUGGAUUGAAGAUCGAGGAUUACGGAGAUGUCUCUCCUGCUGUAGCCGGUGUAUUGGCAGCAAAUGACAUCGAUGCUGAUAUACUCUCACCAGCUGAAAUUGAAUCAACUAGUGGUAAAACCCUCGGCACGGAUAAAUACAAACCAUUCGUAACACAAGAGGUUGUAAACCUUGCACAUGAUAAAGGUAUGCAAGUCAAGCCAUGGACUGUUGACACUCUUAACGUCGUUGACGAACAUUAUAAAUGGGGUGUUGAUGGUGUUAUCACUGAUUUCCCACAUGAAACUGUUAGAUGGGCAGACCUUAACAAAAUCAAGACUGCUAAGAAGUUCGACGAAGACAAGGUUAUGACAUGUCUCGCAAAACAUAAUCAAUUAGUAUAGACAUAAUAAUUUAGAUAGUUUCCUUCUCCUUUUGUACUUUUUCAACUAGGAUUUCAUUUAAUGCUUUUAGAUUUGCGUUGUGUUUAGCUGAUAAUGGUAUGAGUGUAGUCGAAGAUUGAAGUACCCUUUGUUCUUUUAGAUGAUCUACAUGCUGUUGGAAGGCCCUAAGACGGUCUCUCGCGAUCUCAUUCUCUUGAGCAUUCCCACCCAUGAGAUCGGCCUUGUUAGCAACUAUAACAGUACCACAUUGGGCUAAUCCAUCCUUAUACUCGUUGAGCUCUUUAAUGAGCGUGUCGAGGUCAUCCAAGUGCUCAUCUUUCGAGAAGUCAACGACGUAAACUAGCACAAGAGCACGUUCCACUGCGCGUAAGAAUGUAUGUCCAAGACCUUUAUUCUGCGCUGCAUCAGCUAUCAAUCCAGGGUUGUCAAGUAUUGUAAAGCGUGGCUCAAGGCUGUCAGUAUUGACGACGCCAACUUCCGGUUUAAGCGUCGUGAAUGCAUAGUUUGCUAUCUUAGUCUUGGAACUAGUAAGAGCGGCUAAAACAGAACUUUUACCUGCAUUCGGCAAGCCAACUAGACCGACAUCUGCGAGCAAUUUCAAUUCCAGACUUAGUUUGAGAUGCUCACCAGGCUCACCCCGCCGAGCGAACUUAGGUGUACGAAAUUGAUUUGUGACGAAAGCAGUGUUCGGAACGCCACCUUGUCCACCAGUCGCUAUUAAAUGUUUCCCCUCUAUAUCACCAACGUCUAUUUCUAUCGAUUGUCUAUCAAGUUUGUUGAAGUGUCUGACUUGGCUUUUCUCUGACUUUUUAAGUGCUUUAUCGACUUCUUGAAAGAGUGCGUGCUCUUUGUUAGCCUCUUCCAUACCUGGGUAAUGAAUCCAUGCGCGUUCUCUGCGCAUUUCGUCAAUGUCCUCCUCAUCUGCUCCUUGUUGAGCCUCUGAUACGGCUUCCGGGGGUGCUCUCCAGAGUUCCUUGAUUAUAGUACCCGGUGGUAUUUCUAUUACUGUAUCCUCGCCUCGUUUUCCUACUCUUUUAUCUCCACUGCCUGAACCACCACUGAUUGCUCGAAUCUUACGAGCUGUUGCAUGCAAACUGUUUAACUUUUUAUUCAUCUGGAAGUAAACAUUUCCGCCUAAACCACCUGCUCCACCGGUCGGUGGACCCAAACCGGUGGGUAACUUUGUGAAAGCCACUGCACCAUUACCGCCAGCUCCAGCUUUUACAUCCACUAUAAGGAAAUCUACAAAGGAAGUAUGACGUCUUUUUCCAUCUAUCCUCAAUCUAGCGCUAGCUUCUGCUAACGGACCGAGCUUCA